GGCCCAGGGCAGUGUACCCCCACCCAAAGAAAGGGCAGCGACCUGGAGACGAUGACCAUGUUUGAAAAUGUCACGCGGGCCCUGGCCAGGCAGCUAAACCCUCGAGGGGACCUGACACCCCUGGACAGCCUCAUUGACUUCAAGCGCUUCCACCCCUUCUGCCUGGUGCUGAGGAAGAGGAAGAGCACGCUCUUCUGGGGGGCCCGGUACGUGCGCACCGACUACACCCUUCUGGAUGUGCUGGAGCCCGGCAGCUCGCCCUCAGAUCCAACAGACACGGGCAACUUUGGCUUUAAGAAUAUGCUGGAUGCCCGAGUGGAGGGAGACGUGGACGUGCCGAAGACAGUGAAGGUGAAGGGGACUGCAGGGCUCUCCCGGAACAGCACUCUGGAGGUCCAGACACUCAGCGUGGCUCCCAAGGCCCUGGAGACCUUGCGCGAGGAGAGGAAGUUGGAAGCAGAUCACCCGUUCCUGAAGGAGAUGCGAGACCGAGGGGAGAACCUGUACGUGGUGAUGGAGGUGGUGGAGACCGUGCAGGAGGUCACCCUGGAGAGGGCCGGCAAGGCGGAGGGCUGCUUCUCCCUCCCAUUCUUCGCUCCACUGGGGCUACAGGGAUCCGUAAACCACAAGGAGGCUGUAACCAUCCCCAAGGGCUGCGUCCUGGCCUUCCGAGUGAGACAGCUGAUGGUCAACGGCAAAGAUGAGUGGGAUAUUCCACAUAUCUACAAUGAUAACAUGCAAACCUUCCCUCCCGAAGGAAAGCCAGAAGAGAAGCUCACCCUUAUCCAGGCAUCUGAUGUUGGGGAGGUACAUGAGGACUUCAAGACCCUAAAAGAAGAGGUUCAAAGAGAGACCAAAGAAGUGGAAAAGCUGAGCCAGGCCGGGCAGAGGUCCCUGCUCAGCUCCCUCAGCAAACUUCUAGGGAAGAAAAAAGAGCUACAAGACCUUGAACUCACGCUUGAAGGGGCUUUAGACAAGGGGCAUGAAGUGACCCUGGAGGCACUCCCAAAAGAUGUCCUACUAUCAAAAGACGUGAUGGGUGCCGUUCUCUAUUUCCUCGGAGCCCUAACAGAGCUAAGCGAAGCCCAACAGAAGCUGCUGGUAAAAUCCAUGGAGAAAAAGAUCUUACCUGUGCAGUUAAAGUUGGUGGAGAGCACAAUGGAACAGAAUUUCCUGCAGGAUAAAGAGGGGGUUUUCCCCCUGCACCCCAAGCUGCUCUCUUCCCUUGGAGAAGAGGAAUUGACCCUCACAGAGGCCCUAGUAGGACUGAGUGGCCUGGAAGUGCAGAGAUCAGGUCCCCAGUACAUGUGGGACCCAGACACCCUCCCCCGCCUGUGUGCCCUUUAUGCUGGUCUCUCCCUCCUUCAGCUGCUCACCAAAGCUGUCUAACCUGCCCUUCCCAUCUGCUUCCUGCAUCCCUAUUGCUUUCUCAACCUCAUUGUGCUGUGUCCUCAACACCCAGACCCGUUUCAGAGCCACCACACAAAGGGUGACUGAAAUCUGGUCACCCACCUGGGCAGCCAUGUAUCUCCCUGGGCCCUCCAUUCCCAACCUGCGAACCUGUCUGUUGAUGCUUAAACCCUGUAGAAGUAGAAUCCCUCAAACUGUUUAAACUAUGAGCCGUUCCAGCAAAAUCAAAAAAAUAAAUCGAUUUCCUAUCUUAACUUAAUCUGUACUUCCACAAGGCAAGUUUUACUGGAAUUAAUAGAAAAUAUGUCAAUUGGGGGACCAGCAGUUAACAUAAUGG